CAAUUCAAAAAAACAACGACUUAAUUGAAAACAACAACAACAAAAGUUUUGAGGCGCAGGCGCCGCUUUUCACACGAGUUGGCAGCACGCCACUGUCAGCGUUGCCAACACCAACAACAACAAAAACAGCAAAAUUGUCUGCAUUCAAUUGCCAUUUACCGUUAAGCAAGGGCAAUUUUAACUCGCCUGCAGCCAGCUCAUAGCUCAAAACUCAACUCAAAAUUAAACUCAACUCAAACACCUCCGCCUCAACCAAAGAACAGCCGUCAAAGUGGAUUUAACAAACUAUAACAAAAUGCUGCAAUCCAGCAAUCAUCACUACUUAAGGCCGGAUUAUAUGACAGCAGCCGCAGCGCCGACAGCGCUGGACAAUAAGAGCAGCCCGUUGGCGCUAUUGGCGCAAACAUGCAGCGCCAUCGGUGCGGACACAACAAAUCCGAAGCUGCUCGCGGCGAAUAUUGAAAAGUCGACCAAGCAGCAGCCGCAUCAGGCCAAAGGCAUGGCUUUGAAUAUGGGCAAUGUCAACGGUUUGGCCGGCAUGGGGGGGGAUAAUGCACGCGAUAAAUCCUCACCGGUUAGCAGUCAUUCAUCCAGCGUCAGCACCGGUUCCGUUGAGCAGCAACAGCUGCCGCCGGCACACAGUAAAACACCCAGCACAUUCAAGCCCUACGAGACGAACAACAACAGCAGCAGCAACAAUAACGAUUGCGGCGCCACAAAUCUCACCAGCAGCAGCAGCAGCAACAGUGGCAGCAACCAGCGUGUCAAGACGCCCAAAGCGAGUGGAAUUGCCUCCUCAUCCUCAACAAAUGGACAGCAGCGUUGCGAUUCAAAUCAAAGUGCCAGCAGCUCACAGCGCGAGUCGCCAAAUGCAUUGAAUGCCUCCACAGCCACCGCCACCGCCACCGCCAACGCCUCCGUCUCUGCCUCUGCCUCUCUGCGUCGCACACCCAACACACCGGCUCUGCCCCAGCUAAAUGGCAGUCCGGUGCAAUCGUCCGCGCCAGUGCGCAGCAAUUCCAAAGAGUCGCCAGCGAUGCACAGCCCGAGUGCGGCAAGCUCGAGUCGGCUGCAGGAGGCAGCCUAUGCGGCAGCCAAGGAGGCAAGCUAUGUGAAGGCGCUGCAUGCAGCCAGCCAACAGGCGAAUCCCUCCACAGGCUCCUACUAUCCGCCAGGCUAUGGCACACCUUAUCCGAUGGACUUGAUGACAGCGCAAUCGUUGAUGUCGCCACACCAUGCCAUGUUUAAGGCCUCGGCUAUGAAUCCCUAUCUGAGCUAUGCCCGGCUCAAGGGCCUCUCCGACCAAUCGGCUAUGAUGGCAGCCUCGCAGAACGUGUGUCGGGAUCCCUACUGUACAGGUUGUCCAGCUAGUCCGCAUUAUAUUAACAAGGCCGCCGGCCAGCCCUGUCCUGCCGGUUGUCCGCAGUGCGAGUCGGGCAAAUCGGGUGGCAACUCUUCAGCUGGUGGCAGCAGUGCGGCAGCAGCGGCGGCAGCAGCAGCAGCUGCAUCAUCGUAUCAUGCCCAGCUGGCGGCAUUGGCAGCGGCGUCCCAGUUGCCGUACGUGUGCUCCUGGAUUGGCAGCGAUGCGGCAUAUUGUGGCAAACGAUUCGGCACCUCCGACGAUCUGUUCCAGCAUUUGCGCACCCACACCGCCUCCGUGCCGGAUGCAGUGCUCAGUGCGGCAGCGGCGGGUGGCAUACCACCGAAUCAUCCGCUAUUUCAACGCACCUAUCCGACACCGCCGCUGAGUCCGCUUUCGGCGGCGGCCCGUUAUCAUCCAUAUGGUAAGCCAUCGAUGAUGCCGCCAUCUCUGGCACCGCCUGGCAUGCCCGGACUGCCGCCACAUCCUGCAUUGGCGCAAUACUUUGCGCCGUAUUCGUUAUACGGGCCACGUAUGGGUUCCUCGCAUCCGUAGUCGGAGUUUGGGUGGAGCAGUGGAGCAGAAGUUUGAGCAGCUGUUCAACAUUCAGUCAAAUCAUCAUUUUGCUUGAGUUGCUCCUGGGGGGCUAAGAGUGCAGGUCAACUCACUCGUGAAACGUGAAAAGCUAGUGAUCUAAUGUACGUUAGUUACAUACAAAUGUUAAAAAAAAAAUAAAUAAAAAAUAAAUAAAUAUAAAUAUAUAUAAAUAUAUAUAUAUAUUAGCUUUAGGCGCUGCAGCAAGUUGAAAAAGUUCUAUUCAGAAAAGGAAGAAAUGGAUAUGCCACACAAAUCAAUUUGUUCGACAGUGUGUCUCUCUCUGUGUAUGUCCCAUUUAAU